AUGCUAGUCCUGACCCUCACCGCAGACCUCUCUGGAGUCACAAACCUCCGCCCAGAUGACACGGAGGAUAACCCGUUCUACUACAUGCUGAAGGUUCAGUGUAUGUCGUGCUGGGAGGUGCAUGGCAAGACUGUGGGAAUUAGUCGCUUUGAGGAGAGAGAGAUGUCAAACAGCCGCGGCGAGUCCAAUUUCGUCUGGAAGUGUAAGAACUGCACUCGCGAAUCUUCAGCAAUGAUCCGCGCCGCCCCCAAACCAUACAAACAAUGCUCCCCACCCAAGAAGCAGAACAUCCUCGAGUUUGAGUGCCGCGGGUGCGAGUUUGUCGAUUUUAGCGCGGAGGGCAACUGGAUGGCGGAGGGCCUCGAGUCCGGAACAAAGUUUGCGGAGAUUGAUAUCACGGAUGAGUGGUUUGAGUAUGAUGAAAAGGCGGGCGAGGAGGUCACGAUUAAGGAUAUCAAGUGGGAGAUUAGGAGGGCGUAG